AGGAAUGAAUCUUACGGAAUCGUCAAAUGGAUAUGUUUUCAAAAACGGCCGUAGGUUGGAUUUGUGCGUUAAAUGUUCCAAAACAUCUGCAUUCAUAGGUCAGUCCAAAACACCUUACUGUGAAGAAUGUUAUCUGAUUUUGGUCAAAGGAAAAUUCAGAAGUACCAUUAGUAAAAGAAGAAUAUUAAAGGAUAGAGAGAGGAAAGUCCUCGUAAUAUUGAAUGGGUCAAAGGAGUCUGCAUUCCUUUUCCGACAAGUCGAAGACGCUAUGAAACAAACGAAUUUUAAGCGGCUCAUACUUGAGCCAUCUUUCAUCUUCCUCUUGUCUGCGGACAUGACCGAUGUACGGGUUGUGGAGGAACACUUGGCCGUUCUUCGACGAGCACUGCCGGGGUCAUAUAAGAUGGUUCAUCUGGCUGCCAUUUUUGGUGAUAUUCAUAUGCUCGAUGAUGGCACGUGUUCCGGACUGCAAUAUCUUCCUCAACUAAAGGAAUUUCUUGCCUCGUUUCGGACAGCUGUGUCCCGUGAAGAAGCCGUACGAAUUUUGAAGGUGCGAGUCCUUCAAAAGUUAUCACGACUUACAGAAGUGCCAAAGGUAAUGCUACCAUGCAACAGUGAUGAGCUUGCACAGCUAAUGAUCUCUCAACUCUGUCUUGGAAGAGGUGGAUCGGUGUCAAGAAUGACUGAUGUUGUCGAGAAAACGCGAUCAGGAACGAUAUUCAUUCGACCACUACGAGAUAUCACUUCUGCAGAAAUUGCGACGGCGCUUCGUUUAGAAAAUGUGGAAAAUUACGCACUGCCUGAGCGGGAAGAUGCAUCGACUCCAAGCAAUCAUCUAUGCGAGGCGUCGAAGACGGUAUCCUUGCAGGAAAUGUCCUCUAAAUUUCUUAAUCACUUUGUGGAAGAAGGAUUUGAGGGCACAAUUCCUACGGUUCUUGGCAUCUCUAAUAAAAUCCAUCCGCCUGUCGAACAGUCUUGCUGCUCUAUAUGUGACUACCCUGUAAGCGGUAAGGAGGAUAUCUGUUAUGCGUGUACAAUAAUAAAAAACAAUAUGUCGCCCUCCCUUGUCCACUACCUUUGUUACUCAUGAUUGUUGUAUUGUGUUUUGAUUUGUUGUCACAUUUGUUUUGGAAGAUAAUCAAUCUCUAUCUAUCUUGUUUCGUUAGUUUUCAUUUAUUAUUAUGUUGUUAUCUCUUCGAGAGAAUAGGGUGAUGAGAUGCUGCUCACAAGAAAAUGGUCGGAAAUCAAAGUUGCCAAUCCA